CUGAGGUACAACGCGGAAGCCUCUCGGCCGAGAGCAGCUGAGGCCGGCUUCUCUUUACCGCCGCCGUCCCCGGCCCGGACCCUGCCGCUACCAUGUCCUCCGACUUCGAGGGCUACGAGCAGGACUUCGCGGUGCUGACAGCGGAGAUCACGGGCAGGAUCGGGAAGGUGCCCAAGCUGCUGGGCGAUGAGAAGAAGCAGAUGGUUGCAAAUGUGGAGAAACAGCUGGAAGAAGCAAGGGAACUGCUUGAACAGAUGGAACUUGAAGUUCGUGAAAUCCCCGCCCAAAGCCGAGGAAUGUACAGCAGUAGAAUGAGGAGCUACAAACAAGAAAUGGGAAAACUUGAAGCAGAUUUCAAAAGGUCAAGGAUUGCCUAUAGUGACGAGGUGCGGAAUGAGCUCCUAGGGGAUGAUGGGAAUUCCUCAGAGAACCAGUUGAUAAAAUUACGCGAAGAGAGGGCACAUCUGCUCGAUAACACAGAGAGGCUGGAAAGGUCAUCUCGGAGACUAGAGGCUGGAUACCAAAUAGCAGUGGAAACCGAGCAGAUUGGACAGGAAAUGUUGGAAAACCUGAGCCAAGACAGAGAGAAGAUCCAGCGUUCUCGGGAAAGGCUUAGAGAAACAGAUGCAAACUUGGGGAAGAGCUCCAGGAUCCUAACUGGCAUGUUGCGAAGGAUCAUCCAAAACCGGAUUUUGAUAGUUAUCUUGGCAAUCAUCAUCUUCUUCACCAUCCUGAUGGCUAUUUAUUUUUCUGUCAAGAAACACUGAUAUCUUGGUUCUUCACUAAACAGCAACAAACUGCUUGUUCUGAGUAAUUAAGACAAAGUGGUCGCAUGAAUCACUCUCUCGCACUGACAGAAUCUCCCUGUCUUUGCCACUAUUCAACUCAGGUGCAAGUAGCGUAAAAAUGUCUUGUAUUAUUGACUGCAUGUGGAUUUCAUUUUUUCCUUGUUUUUUCCCCUUAAAAUGAAUGUUUUUGGAAUCUUCAUAUAUGGGUUUUUAUAUAAAAAAACAUAACUAAGAAGAAUUAAUGUGUGUCAGAUUCCACACCAGGUUAUUCAUUUGUAAGUUACAAGAGUUGGGGGGUGGAGGGUGAAGUGUCUCCACCCUUUUCUUCUGUUAUGUUGGGUGUAUAACUAUCUAGCAGUAUCUGAUCUUCUGUGACAUCAAAGAAUAUGAGUAAAGCAGAGACCAAAUGAUAUAGAAUGUGAACCUGUCCCAUGUGAGCCAUUCCUGUUCAUAAGUGUCCAUAAUAAAUGUUAAGUAGUUAAUUUUAAAAAAGACAUCUCCUCGUGUCAGAGGGUCUUUAAUACCUGAUGUGAAACUACGAUAUUUGGCACAAUUUUGCCCGGAAACUUCCUUUAUUAUUAGAAACAUUCCCAUUUUCACCAAGUCCCAGCUAUGAUAUGUGCAUUACUUGCCCAUUGUUUAAUAGUGACCAUGGUACAUAGUACUGAGUCAGCUUUGCAUCAUUCCAAUGCUAAGAUAUAUUCUGGUAAAAAAAACAACCAGUGGUCUAUUUUAAAGAUGUGUAAAAAUACUUAUCUGUUAUUUUCCAACUGCAAAGAGAUCCUAGAUCAAUAUUUCAGUAACAAAUACAAUUGGAUUACAUUAAAUGCAAACAAAAUUAAGGAUUUUAAGAAUGAGUAUGAAAAUGAGUUCAUGUGCAGAAAACAUUUUUAAUGAAUUGAAUGCAAACUUAUCACUGACUUUUUAAAAAGAACGUUUGAAAAUGUUAAUUUAUACUAACAAAUGUUCACUGAUAUAUUGUAUAAAAGCUUGAUCUAAUAGGAGAUUAGUGUGUAAAUGGGAUCUGUUUUUCUGUCCUGUUGGCUGUGUAUCUUCUGCAGAGGCAUCUAGUUCAUUUUGUUUAUAAACGUGUCUAGCAAAGGUAGUUUCCUGGUAAUGCAGUAAAAGAUUUUGCAUAAUCAUUUCUUAACUCAUUAUAUGUAAUCCAUUACAAAGCUUAUGAAUCUAAAGAGUUUGUGAGCCCUUGAACCUAAGCCAUAAAAUAUUUUAGGAGGAGAUUUUCAAAGGAACAAAGGGAAGUUAGGUACCCAACCCCUUUGGAAGUUAAUGGGAGUAAAGUUCCUAACUUCCUUUUGUGUCUUUGGAAACUCAGAGAUUCUGCCUUUGGACACAUCUGUGAAGACGCCAUGGAUUCCCAUGUUAUCCGUGCUAAAAGAGCUGAGAGCAGAAUUUGGCCCUAAACAUGUUGACUGUCUUUUCUACAUAGAAACAAAUAACUUGGUUAAAAUGUCUUUGAUUUUACCAACAGAAAGCACAGUAAUGAAAUGAAUGAUAGAAAGAUUCACCAGAGAAAUACUUACUGAACAGAUGAAGGCAUGCAUGUAUUCAAAUAAAUCAUUUAGUGCUGUGUGAGUAGAACUUCAGCCUUUAUCUUCCAGUAAUGGUGUGGAACUAAGUUCGUGUGACGUAGGACAUGGACAGGGAGCAAAGGGGAAAACUUUCCAGCAUUAAUGGAUAUUUAUUCAAGGAGGUGGGCAGUACAUAUUUCCAUAAAUCUUUUAUCUGAAUAACAAACUACUGUAAAUCUAAAACAAGCAAAAGAAAAUAUUAAAAUCCUUCCGCUUACUGGA